AUGGCAACCAAGGCAGUUCAUCUUGAUAUUGUUGGCGACCUUUCUGCUGACUCAUUCAUCGCCGCUCUGAAAAGACUAGCGGCCCGUCGCGGAGUGCCGAAGACGCUGUUUUGCGACAACGGCACAAAUUUUGUCGGUGCACGGCGCACGCUGAACGAGUUCGCGCGGCUGCUCAAAACUCAGCAAGCAAAGGAUCAGGUCGUGCGCAGCUGCUCGGCCGAUGGUAUCCAGUUCCAAUUCAUCCCUCCUCGGACGCCACACUUCGGAGGCAUCUGGGAAGCGGCCGUCAAGUCCCUCAAGAACCAUCUCCGCCGUACUGUCGGCAACGCAAACCUGACUGCUGAGCAGAUGUCCACCUUUUUCGCCCAAGCUGAAGCCUGCUUGAACUCGCGGCCACUUACACCGAUCUCCAACAACCCGGACGAUCUGGACGUUCUAACACCGGGACACUUCCUGGUGCACAGACCGCUGAUCGCCAUACCGAAACCUUCGUAUGAGGAGAUUGCUACGAACCGCCUGUCUCAGUGGCAGAUGAUCCAAGAGUACCUUCGUCCUCUGUGGAAACGCUGGUCCACGGAAUACCUCUCCGGCCUUCAGCAGCGCACUCGGUGGACUCACGAAAGGGACAACAUCCGCAUCGGGACAAUGGUCCUGGUGAAAGAGGACAACCUUCCGCCGCAGAAGUGGCGCAUUGGCAGAGUCAUCGAGAUCUUCCCCGGCAAGGACGGGCAUGUUCGUAUCAUCAAGCUUCGCACACCGGACGGCGUCUACACGCGUGCCAUCACUCGGCAGCCGGCUCAGGACUCACAGUAG